AUGGGCCGCCUCUACGCCAUCGCGGACCUCCACCUGUCCUGGGAUCUGAACCGCCAAGAGCUCGCCAAGCUAGACUACUGCCCCGACGACUCGCUCAUCCUCGCCGGCGACCUGGGCGAGAAGGCCGAGCACCUCGAACUCGCCUUCGAGGUCGCCACGAAGCGCUUCAAGACGGUGUACUGGGUACCCGGCAACCAUGAGCUCUACUCCGUCGCCUCCGGGGACGACAGCAACCCCACCCCUCGAGGCGUCAAGAAGUACGAGGAGUGCGUCGAGAUCGCGCGGCGCUACGGUGUCCUGACGCCGGAGGAUGAGUUUACCAUACACGACGGCGGGGAAGGGGGACCGGUUCUGAUUUGUCUGCUGUUUACCCUCUACGACUAUAGCUUCGCGCCGCCGCCGCACGAUGAGUCGCCCCAGACGGCGCUGGCGUGGGCGGAGGAGGUGGGCACCGUCGCGACGGACGAGGUGCUGCUCCACGCCGACCCGUACGAUCACAAGGUCGAUUGGGGACUGGCGAGGCAGGCGAUCAGCCGGCAGCGGCUAGAGGAGGCGAAGAAGAAGCAUCCGGACCUGCCGCUGGUUCUGGUGAACCACUGGCCGCUGCGGCGGGACUUGAUAUACAUCCCGCUUGCGCCGCGGUUCGAGAUCUGGUGCGGGAGCGUGCAGACAGAGGCGUGGCAUCGUGAGUUUGGGGCCAAGGUGGUGGUGACGGGGCAUCUGCAUGUUCCACGGACGGACUGGCGGGAUGGGUGUCGGUUCGAGGAGGUGAGCCUUGGGUAUCCGCGACAGUGGCAGGGUCCGAGGGAUAGGGGACUGGAUAUCAACAUGCUUAUGAGGGAGAUAUGGCCAGGGGAGGUUGAACGGAAGGGCAACGUUCCUCUCGAAGAUUCGACAAUGCCAAAAUGGAGGCGGAAUGGAUAG